AUGUAAGUAUAGGCAUACAUUUCUUUGCAACUUUCUGGCUCAGAUUUAUGUCACAGUUAGGUGCAGACGUCCGUACCUGCCUGGUAACAAACUUUGUAAGUAGAAGUGUUUUAUAGCUUGAUGGCUAUACCUGAGCGUUUGUAAAAUAAAAAAAGUUGUAUGAUGAAAUGCGCAAAUAGAAAAUAGGCUAUUCGAAGAAAUUGUGUUAUACAGCCUAUUUCAAGUUGCGGUAAGAAAUAGAAAUUUUAAGUCGAUAUGCUCAGAUCUGGUCUUAGGAAACAUGUUUUUGUUCAUAGUAACGUGCGUUAACAUGCUUGUCAGUAGAAUAAAUUGCUUCUAAUUUUUUAGUCGGUGCGUUAUCAAUUUCAAGUGACAGCACGCUUUAUUUUGUCGGUGAAAAGGAUUAUUAUUCUUACAUUGCAACCGUGUUAUCAGAGAUAUUAACAUAUAAAUGAUUCACUUAUCUUGUGGUAAUAGGUUGGUAACUUCAAGAAAACAUACUAAAUCUAACAUAAUCAGUAACAUACUAGUAUCCUAAUGGGGAUGGCGACAUGGACGGGGGGAGGGUAUGCGGGCGUGACGUCACUGGCGAAGCCGUCCUAUGAAUGCGACGGACAUUUUGUGAUUCUAUCUUGAGACCUGAAGAAAGCACGGCGGUGGAAGGACUGCCAGAUAUCUUCUAUAAAAUAUAAAAUCUGUUUAUAACAGAUAAUUUCGUCUAGAGUUGAUUUUAAAUGCUUGACGUCAGGAUUGGCUUGGGUAUCCUGUAACACCCAAUAAAGAAGCGCUUCUUUUAGCAAAAGGUGUGUGUUGUAACGCCUCAGCAUGGCUGUGGUCAUCCGCUUGCAGGGUCUCCCCAUUGUGGCAGGGACCAUGGACAUUCGCCAUUUCUUCUCUGGAUUGACCAUCCCGGAUGGUGGGGUGCAUAUUGUAGGGGGUGAACAUGGCGAAGCAUUUAUUGUUUUCGCCACAGACGAAGAUGCCAGGCUUGGUAUGAUGCGAACAGGGGGGUCCAUCAAAGGUUCUAAGGUAUCAUUGUUGCUGAGCAGCAAGACGGAAAUGCAGAACAUGAUUGAGCUUAGCCGCAGGCGGUUUGAAGCUGGCAGUGUAGAGGGAGCUGCAGGAAACGGUAACAGACCAGGCCCUCCUGCCACCUCUGGUGGAAGUGGGAGAGGUAGCAUGCCCACUUCUGGUCAAGGUUUCAGUAAUACAUCAACUUCUGCCACUACAGCUGUUUCUGCACACGAGCCAGUUAGCAUCAAAAAUGUGUCUACCUUUGCCCCCACUAGCAUGGGCAACAUGCCCAGUUUCAACAAUAACUUCAGUAGCCCCAGCAUCACGACGAUGGGUUCCACCAUGACAACUGCCAUGUCCUCCCUAAACUCUGUACCACCACCCAUACCACCCUUACCCUCCAUGCAAUCUUUACCACCCAUGCCUUCAAUGCCACCCUUGCCAGGUCCCCCACCUGUAUCAUCCCAUCCCUCAGUGCAAACAGUUUCCCCUUUGUCUGCGGUGCCACCUGUCCCUCCGAUGUCUCAUAUGCCCCACCUGUCUGCAAUGCCUCCUUUUAAUCCGGGUGUCCCUCCCCCAGGUGGACCUGGUCUGGCUACAUCUGGACCGCCUAUGUCCCUGGGAAGCCCCAACCACAUGUUCCUUAACCCCAUGAACCUUAACCCCCUUAAUCUCCAGGCUCACUUGAAGCCAUCAAUUACCAACCCUGAUGAGUAUUUCGUUCACCUGCAAGGCCUGCCCUUUACUGCAAACGAGUUAGAAGUAAGAGAAUUCUUUCAUGGAUUGGGUGUUGAAAAUGUUCGUGUCCUUAGAGAUAACAUGGGCAGGAGCAGCGGUCGAGCAUUAGUUAAAUUCUUUGCGCCCCAGGAUGCUUAUGAGGCAAUAAAAAGAAACUCGGCAAUGCUAGGGCAAAGGUAUGUGGAGAUAUCCCCAGCAACAGAGAGGCAGUGGCGAGAGUGUGGCGGUGGAUUUCUUGGCCAAAACCAGUCCAAACCUGGUCAUAACGCAGACCAGGACCGCCAUCGCCGUGGAAGUUCAAGUUCUGCGUCUCCUUCAGGACGUGAACGUGCAAGGUCCAGGUCUCCACAUAGGCAAGAGUUUUGUGUCUAUCUGAAAGGGCUUCCAUAUGAAGCUGAAAACAAACAGAUAUUUGAAUUUUUCAAAAACCUGGACAUUGUUGAAGACAGCAUUUACAUUGCUUAUGGACCUAACGGUAGAGCAACAGGGGAAGGUUUUGUAGAGUUCAGAAAUGAGAUGGACUACAAAGCUGCCCUUGGCUGCCAUAUGCAGUACAUGGGUAGUCGAUUCAUACAGGUCCACCCCAUCACUAAGAAGGCGAUGUUUGAAAAGAUCGAUUCCAUUCGCAAAAGGAUGCAGGGUACCCAAGGUGAUCAGAAAAGUAGUUCCACAGAGGGAGGAAAAAACCCAAGGAAUUGUGCCCACGUUUCAAAUAUCCCAUACAAUGUGUCCAAGAAAGAUGUACGUCUCUUCUUGAAUGGAAUUCAGUUAUUUGAGGAUACCUUAAAAGUUCUAGCUGACACUAAUGGCAAUGGCCUUGGCCAAGCAGUAGUGCAAUUUAAAUCUGAAGAAGAAGCACUUAAAGCAGAAAGGUUGCAUAGACAAAAGCUUAAUGGCAGAGAUGCCUUUGUUCAUUUGGUCACAUUUGACCAGAUGAAAGAAAUAGAAAGAAACCCACCACCUCAGUCCAGGAGGGGUCAGAAAUCUCAAGGUAAUGUCCAUUCACACGCACAAGGGCAGGGCCAGGUUCAAGCGCAGGCCCAUGUGCACGCUUAUCCUGCCAUGAGUGGGGAGGAGUUCAACUUCCUCAGAAACAGUGUAGGAAACCUAAACAACGGCCCUCCUUUUGUUGCUCAGUUCAGUGCCCCAGGCAAUGGCCUUGCUGGCCCCCCUCCCUUGCCACCUCUUGGUUCCACGCUGGGAGACGUCACACUUGGUGUGCCACCACCAUUGGUCGGUGCUCACUUGCCCGGACAAGUUCUUGAGCCGCCAGGGUUCCGCCCAGGACCAGGUAGCAAUGGACCUCCUGGUUUUGUGGGUGGCCCAGAGAGUCUGAGAGGUAUCCCACCUUUCGAUAAUGGGUCUAGGAAAGGGGGCAACCACAACAGAGGAGGGCAACAAGGCCCCACUGGGGGCCCUCAACCUUCCUUUGGGUCCGCCUCUGACAAUCUGAGAGGGCCAUCUGGGGGUGGUGGCCCCAGUAACCCUCGGCCCACCAUUGUCAAGAUUCAGAAUAUGCCCUUUACAGUUACAGUAGAUGAGAUACUUGAUUUUUUCUAUGGCUAUCAAGUGCUGCCUGGUUCUGUAUGCCUUCAGUUCAGUGAAAAAGGGCUGCCAACUGGCGAGGCGAUGGUUGCAUUUGAGUCCCACGAUGAGGCUAUGUCUGCAGUCAUGGAUUUGAAUGAAAGACCCAUUGGAGCAAGGAAAGUGAAGUUAACUUUGGGAUAGACUAUAAGUGGUCUUUUGGGAGUUUGGCAUCUUUCAAUUAAUCUGACAUCUCUUUUUCUUCACUGCACUGGGAGUGAAGUUUUCUUUUUUUCUUUCUUUUUACCGCCCUCCUCCCAUUUUCCAUGUAACGAUGAACAAGAUUAUAGUUCCUUACUAAAUGGAAACAAAUGAAAUAUCCUCCAUUUUAGCAGGAUGAACUGACACAUUGCGACAUGAACGUUUUUAUGAUGGCAAAUAGCGUAAGGCGAUUAUUGUUCAAUCAUGUGAAGUGCAGAUGUUCUGCAUCCAGAACUUUGAUGGGGUGAGGCUGAUAUUUUUUGCAAGUGUAAAUGCUGUGCUGUGUUUUUAUUGGCAAUUAUGCUAUAUCACUUUUCUGAUGUCUUCACUGUUGUAUUGUUGUGAUUGGUUUAUUGCAAAAGUGGUGUACAUCAAAUGCUGCCAUGAUUUGCGUGUGCACAGAGCUCACAUUGGGUUUACGCAUUGCUCUAUUUGGUUCAUAUUUCUCUACAAUCAAUUAACGCAAGUGUGUGCUGCAAUGUUUGUUGCUUUUGUGGGAUUGCGUGCUAAUGUCUGAGGACUCAAAAGAAAUGCUGUCUCCAUGAAUGCACCAACCUUCCUUUCCUGUCCCUGCAAGAGUUCUGAUAUGGCAAUGUGAUGCGUUGUGUAUAUGAUGGCUUUUUCCUUACGGCGAUAUGUUUUCUUUCAAGUCAGCUGUUUUCUGCUAAGAUGUAGACUAGUUGGAAUGUCAGUUUUGUAGUGCUCUCUCGAACCAAGUUUAAUUCCUUUUUUUUUAUUUUUUACUUUUAAGUUCCAGCUUUGUGUUGCAGUUGUGUACAUACUGUUAAGUCUACUUAUUUUGUCAAUAAAAUGACAUUCCUGAAAUGAUGCAUCUAAA